AUGGAAACUUUAGUUUACUGCUUCGAGCGUGAGGGCGGUGGUGCAGUAAAGGAAAGCGACCCUGGCUCCGAGGAGACCAUGAGUUCCUUUAGGCCGGGUGACAGGCCGGAGAAGGUGGACGACCAGACCACUGCGGCCUCGCUCGCUCGGCUCGCUUGCAGACCCUCCCUCCCACUCCCAGCCCCAACUCUCCUCCCACCCUGCGAGAGAGGGGGCACGGAGGAGGUGACCGCAGCGCCCAGCGCCUCCCUCGCCGGCCUUUGUCGUCGUCUGAAUUCCCAUGCUACUCUUUUUGACGGGUCACUGGUGGCUCUAAAGGCAGGCCGCAUUUUAGAUAUCCCCUGCAAAGUGUGCGGUGACCGCAGCUCCGGGAAACACUACGGCGUCUACGCUUGCGACGGCUGCUCCGGGUUUUUCAAGCGGAGUAUCCGGAGGAACAGGACGUACGUCUGCAAGUCUGGAAACCAGGGAGGCUGCCCAGUAGACAAGACACACAGAAACCAAUGCAGGGCAUGUCGGCUGAAGAAGUGUUUGGAAGUCAACAUGAACAAAGAUGGUAAUCAGCAAUCCAUUUAUUCUUGUGAGCUGAUGCUUUUGGAAGAUGCUUGGAGAGAACUGUUUGUUCUAGGAAUAGCACAAUGGGCCAUUCCGGUUGAUGCUAACACUCUACUGGCUGUAUCUGGCAUGAAUGGUGACAACACAGAUUCUCAGAAGCUGAACAAGAUCAUAUCUGAAAUACAGGCUUUACAAGAGGUGGUAGCUCGGUUCAGACAGCUCCGAUUAGACGCUACUGAAUUUGCCUGUCUGAAAUGUAUUGUCACUUUCAAAGCGGUUCCGACACACAGUGGCUCUGAACUGAGAAGCUUCCGGAAUGCUGCAGCCAUUGCAGCUCUUCAAGAUGAGGCUCAGCUAACACUCAACAGCUACAUCCAUACCAGAUACCCCACUCAACCUUGCCGCUUUGGAAAACUCCUGUUGCUUUUGCCAGCUUUACGUUCUAUUAGCCCAUCCACCAUCGAGGAAGUGUUUUUCAAAAAAACCAUCGGCAAUGUGCCAAUCACGAGACUGCUUUCAGAUAUGUACAAGUCCAGUGAUAUCUAAGCUCUCCAAGCCCCGCCUCUUCAGGAUGGGACAGUGUCAAAUGAACUACUACUUGUGGAGGAACAAGCCUC